UGGUCUUGUCAUCAAUGCACAUUCUUCAAUCAGCCUUGCCAUAAGCGAUGUCAAAUGUGCAAUUAUAAAAAUGUAUCAAGUACAGCAGUAAGACAUUCUACGCCUUUGAUAAAAGACUGGUCGUGUACUAGGUGUGCAUCGUCAAACCAUUCUAAUUCGAAGAAAUGUCGGUCAUGUCGAUUUUCUUCUCAAUGUGAAGAAGAAGUGGAAAAAUCAUCAUUGAAAAGUCAUGAUUCUUCAUCUAGUAAAGCUGAUGAUGCAUCUACGAAGGUAUUAGACAUAGUCAGUCCAGUGGACAUAGCAGCCAAUACUUUCAAAGAUGUUACCGAUAAAGUAGUCGAUAGAGUUGACAAAACAGCAAAUACAUUUAAAGAGGUUACCAAUAAAGUAGUCAGUACAGUUGACGAAGCAGCGAACAUGUUUACAGGUGUUACCGAUAUAUUAGUCAGUACAGUUGAUAAAACAGCCAAUACGUUUAAAGAUGUUACCGAUAAACUAGUCAGUUCAGUUGACGAAGCAGCCAGUGAAUUAACAGGAAAAACAUAUAAACAUGAGACAGCCUUUAAAACGGAUAACAUAGAUAGUGUGGUUGAAAAAUUUACUAGUGCUAUUGACGUUGAGGCAUCUUUAAAACAUACAAAUUAUGAAACACAUACCACAAGGAAUAAAAAAGCCGAUACAGUUUAUGAAGCAGUAGAUGAAGUUGCCAGUCGAGUUGUUGAAACUACAGAUGUAGCCAAUGGAGUAACCAUAAGAAGUGAUAAAGAUGCCAGUAUUGUUGACAGAGUGACCAGUGCAGUAAAAGAAGAAGCCAAUAUAUUUGAAGAAGAUGGGGAAAUUCGUAUUGUACUCAUUGGUCGAACAGGGACUGGUAAAAGUGCAACUGGAAACACUAUCUUAGGGGUUGAUCAGUUUCGAUCACUGCCCUCGGGUUCUUCGGUAACCGAAAAAUGUAAACGAGGAGAAUCUAUUAGAAAUGAAAAGAAAGUUGUAGUAGUUGAUACACCUGGUUUAUUCGAUACGGAAGCGACGAAUGAAGAUGUUACCAAGGAGAUAAUUAAAUGUAUCGGAAUGACGUCACCAGGACCGCAUGCUGUUGUUCUUGUUGUCAGUGUCGGUCGAUUUACAAAAGAAGAACAAGAUACUGUCAAGCAUUUUGUUAAUCAUUUUGGGAAUGGCGUUUUCAAAUAUAUGAUCGUACUUUUCACUCGAAAGGAUGACCUCACAAAGAUGAAACAGUCAAUUCAUCGAUACGUGGAAACAGUCCCAAAAGAACUGAAAGCUAUCCUUCAGCAAUGCGGUAAUAGGUAUAUUUCUUUCAACAAUGACGCAACUGGACAACCAAAGAAAGAUCAGGUUAAUGAUUUUUUUGAAAUGGUCGAAACGAUGUGUAGUGAGAAUGGCCGCUCCUGUUAUACGAAUGAAAUGUAUCAAGAAGCUGAAAUCACAUUGCAGAGAAGGAUGCAGAUUGAAAGGGAAAAGUUGAAAAUGCAGAAGAAACAAGAGAUUGAAGAUGUCAGAAAUGAAGUAGAAUGUAAAUACCUGGAAACGCUUGAACAAGAACUGAAUGAAAAAAGUGAACUUGAAGAUGCCUUGAUAUCUCGAAAAAUGGCUACCGACCUGGAAAAAGCCGAACUGCAGAAGGAGCUCGAUGAAUCGAAGAAGAAAAUGAAAAGAAAACUAGACAAGAAAGAAAAAGAAUUACAGGAAGAAAUGAAAAAGAAGGAGGAUAAAUUCAAUGAAAAGAUGUCUUCGGAUGCAUUAAGAUCAAACGAAAGAAAUAACGUAGAAAAGGAAAGCGGAGAUUCGUUUUCUGAUUUACUUGGCGGAUUAAAAAAAAUAGUAACUGGUUGCGCUAAAAUAUUCAAAAUCAAUUGGUGAAACAUGUAAAACCGUUUUCGACAAAUAAACGUUCUUUAAAACAGUAAAAUACAAAAAGCCAAAUUGAACGACUUGUAUAAAAUUGUAAAUUUUAAUGAUGCUUUGGUACUAAAAAAUGUACUAAUUUUACUUCAAAACCCUGAUAUUAAGCUUUUUCUAGUCAUAUGUGAUCAGUAGAGUUUCCGUAAUUUUUGUCGCAAUUACUAGUAUUUAAUUUGUUUAAUGAUUAUACAUGAUACUUGAUUUUAGUAGUGAAAAUUUUAAAGGCAAACUUCAUAAAUGAGUUUUAACAGAAACUUUACUAUGGUAUUUUAAGGUUUUUCUAUAAUAUUUUGACAUUCAAAAGUGUAGGAUAUUUAGUCUACACAGACUGAUUUGCACAUAUAUAUAAGUGAAGUUACAGUUUGAAAGGAGGUCAUGGUUUGACUCCAUCAAGCAAAGUUGAUCUUCGAUGAAUUUGGCUUUUGGUCAAAUAGCUCCGUCAGAUUCUACGUAUUUAUGAAACGAUGACCUGGCUUUUAAAUUUUUGGGGGUUUGAGUGUUCCUGAUGAAAGUAAUCCAGAAAAAGCGCUUCAGACGCAUGCAAUUUAUAGCGGUUUUUUUCAUUUUGAGGGGGAAAAUAUACAAUAAGCUAUUACAAUGGCUUAAGGAAAGAGAAAUCCUUUUGACAAAAUUGUCUAAAUUUUACCCAAAUUUUAGAAAUAUACAUAAUGGUAGUAUAAGUCAAAACGAUUGUUAAAUAGUGGCACAUUAAAAAUAUCAAAGAUAUGUUCACAUAACAUUUUUGAAUUGUUGAGAGUAAGAAAUAAGGUUUUACAAAACCUUUAAUAAUUGUAAAUAUUAGAAAGUAUUGGUUAUUAGUUGUUGUAAUUUUCAAUUGUUAUUUUUUACUCGGAUUACCGUGAGGGAAUCCGAAGUAAUUCUAUGGCAGUUUCUGAGUGUUCCUUUACACACGCCUUACUACGUAUACAUAUAAAUACGCUGACGUUAUCGAGUGCAAAAUGGAAUUCUUUAUCGCUUCAUGUAUAUUAAUAUUAUCAAUGAAAUUUUAUGAAAAUAUUUUUUUAAGAACAUUUAUUUGUAAUCAACAUGUUAUGUUUUGAGAAAUAUACAUAAGUAAAAAAUCAUAAAGAUCAUAAUAACGAACAGGUACCUAGAUACAUGGGUCACCAAAGUACCCAUAUUGUACGCGGAUGAAUUUUAAGAAUUGUAUACAUAUGCCCGAUCAUGAUAACUGGUAACGCUAAAUCUUUAUGGUUAACAUGGGAUUAAUACAUGGAACUGAAUGUAUUUGUUUUGUACAAUAGUUCUGAUAGAAUAAUUGUUUCAAAGACAUUAACAUGUGUGCGUCCGUAUUUUUAAGUAAUCAUUGUGAGGUUUACCUAUGUAAAAAUAUUCCUAUGUGAACUUAAUAAAGAUAUUACACAAAUCCUACAAGAUCAUGACUAGUUCAGACCUAAAAAUAAAUAAUUCAUUUAAAAGUUUAACUUAUAUAAAAACAAGUUCUAAAAACUACUUUGAAAAUUGAUUCAUAAUAAGAUGCAAAAAAAAAUGUAUGAAAGAAGUAAUAAAACUUUAUUCAUAUAAGAACCUUAAACAAAAAUUAUUUUUUGAAGACUAUUUAAGAACACCAAACUUUACAUAUAGAAAAUUAAUAACAAAACUAAGAAUAAGUGAUCAUCAUAACUUAGAUAUAGAAAAAGGAAGACAUUAUAAUAUUCCUAGAGAGCAGAGAUUAUGCCAUAAAUGUAACAUAUUAGAAUAUGAAAAACAUGUUUUAUUAGAUUGUGAAUUAGAAAGGGAGCUGAGAAACAGCUUUUUUGAUAAUUUCUGUUCAAGAUUUGACUGAUGAAGAAAAGGUGAUUUUAAUGCUCAAUCCAUCAACACCAUCAUAUGUAAAUAAAUUGGGGUCCUACAUUAAAAAGUCAGUAGAACUGAGGACAAGGGAUUCUAUUUACAGUAAUUAAAUGAUUGUGAAUUUCAGCUAUACGUGUAUUGUAUACUUAUUUUGUAUUUGUCACAAACUUAUUGUUUAAAGUUUAUAUGGCAAUAAAAAUUUGAAUUCAAAUUUGAA